GUGCCGCCCGGGGAGGGGGGGAGGCGUGAGGUAACGGCCGUCGCGCGCCGCCCAACGGCCGCCCAACGGCCCCCCCCUGCCGGCGGCCUUGCGGUCCCCGUCCUGAGGGAGCUCCGCGGGACGUCCGGCCCCGGCGGCCUUGCCCCGAGGGGUAGCCGGGCUCCCGCGGUCUGUGGGCCGUUAAGGGCUCGCAGGCUACGGGUUAAGGUGCCGAGGGAUAAGGCCGCUACCUGGCGGCGUGCCGCAGGGAGAGCAGCGCGGCGCGGCGCGGCACGGCACGUGGAGGAGGGCAGAAGGGGCCCCAAAAAUGUCUCGCUGAUUCUCCUUAAUUCGGAACAGACUUGAAACAAAGGGGCACAGGCAGGUGCCAGCUGAGACAUGGCAUGUGUGUGUUUGUUGGGCUGGAGCCUGGCCUGAGGAGUAUCUCCUGAGGCACAGAAACUCAAGGUGCCCUUGAAGAAACACUUGGGUGGUGUGUUUCCCCUCCCACCCCCCUCUGGAGGCAGAGAGUGUAAAACUUGGCUUCUUGCAGAAAGGAAAAACCUCGGCGGGCCUGUUCAGCUUUCUUGGGAAAGGAUACCACUGGCUUAAGAUUAGAAUAGGCGACUGAAUCAUAGACAGUAGAAUAUGGCUGGACAAAUAUCAGAAUCUGAUCAGAUUAAGCAGUUCAAAGAGUUUCUGGGAACAUACAAUAAAAUUACAGAAACCUGCUUUCUGGAUUGCGUGAAGGAUUUCACUAGCAGAGAGGUUAAACCAGAAGAGAUGACCUGCUCAGAACACUGUCUACAGAAGUAUUUAAAAAUGACACAAAGGAUCUCUAUGCGAUUUCAAGAGUACCAUAUUCAGCAGAAUGAAGCUCUGGCAGCUAAAGCAGGACUGCUCGGCCAGCCUCGUUAGACAAGAGUACUGUUUUCAGACUUUAUAAGCAGUGCCAAUGUUCAUUGGACAAGAACACAUUUUGGAUUUUCUACUGUCAGGAUGCAUGUCCAGCAACUCAGAAGAGUUCUAGAUGCUAUUUGGAAGACGGAAACCAGAAGGGGUUACAUAAGAAGUUAGUAAUGGUUAACUGGCAAUGGAGUCUGUUUCUGAGGUCCUUUUUCUUGUACAAUUGAAUAAUACUGCUACAAACUUUUCCAGGGCCCACAGACUGGCAUGUUUAGAUUUCAGGGAUUUAUAUUUUGUUUCUUCUGCUGUUUCAGACACAAAAAAGUGUAACAUGAAAGUACAUACAUAAAUGUCUUGACACUUUUUUUAUUUAAUUCAAGUAAAAUAAAUGGGAACUAUACAGGUGUAUGUAUGUUCUUUCC